GUACACAUGUAACUUAUCGAUAGCUCCGAUGAACCCUCUAUCGGUCAUCGAUGCUUGUUUGGUUUUUAUUCCGCACGUGCGUUUGAAUUCCACCUGGACGAGGCGAUCAUGGACACCGGCGAAGAGCUGAAGUCCUGGCUGGCUGACAAGAGCAAAGCGUACCCGGCACGUGUUGACUUCGCCCUGAAGGUCUGGCAGUCCGUGGAGUUUCCCUAUCCCAGCAAGUACGAGAUCAUCACCGAAUGGCUGGCAGCCUCCCUGGGCAAGAGCAAGGAACCGCUGCCCACCCAGCUGCUGGGGGACUUCCUGAAGCUGAGGGCGCAGCCCGGCUGGGUCGCCUCGGCAAUCAAGGACCAGCUUAUCUGCACGCUGUUUCAGGUGGUCUCCCGGCCUGAGAAUGCCAACGAGGCGGCGCUGGAACUCCUGCCGCUGGCCCUCAACUGCGAGCUGCUCCAGGAUGCCCUGCGAUCGAGCGUCGAGGCGCUAACCCACUGCUUUGGCACCCUGUUCGAGUCCCACCAGCGCUGCGUGCAGCUCCGCCAGGAUAACAGGGGUGGCGAUCAGGGCCAGGAGCACUGGGAUGCAGAGUUCCUGGUCCCUGUGAUCAAGCAGCUGGCCGAGAUUGCCCGCCGCUCUCAGAGUCCCGAGCAGCUGCUCAAGGAGUACGAUGCGAAGACAGUGCGUCCGCUGGUGGAGCUGCUCCUCAGCCUGAAGUCGUCCUGCUUGCAGGAGCUGGUCGAGCUGGAAAAGCAACUCAAUGCUCCGUUCAACGCCGAGCGCAUUCAGGAGCAGCCGCUUCACGUCAGCCUGCUGCUCUUGGAGGCCGCUAUCCUCAACAACCGCCACCAAACAACUGAGCUGGAAACGAUCGUGGACGUGGUCUUCGGCGCUGGCAAGGAGUCCGCGUCAUCGCUUCCCCUGGCCACCUACUUGCUGAUGUCGCUGCAAAAACACGACAUACCCCUGCCCAAGUUCGAGUUCGUUUCCACCGAGCUGCUCGAGCUGGUGCGCCAGUACAAAAAGUCGCAUCUGAAGGAGAUUUUGUGCCUACUCUGCUCUGCGCUGCGCCUGAAUCCCCUCCUGCUGGAGCAGAGCGUCUACCAGAUCACCGUUUGGCUGCUCACAAUCGCCAAGGAGACUGCCGAGGAGGAGGAGCUGUACUCCGAGUAUCUGGUCCUGCUGCUGGACAUGUUCCGUCGCCUCAGUCGCGCGGAACGCUUCAUCAUGAACCUGCUGAAGGCCCUUAAGGAGUGGCUGGGAAAGUAUCCCCUGGAGAUUACCCACAAGGAAGCCAAGAAGCGGCGACUGCAGGAAACUUCACUUGAGGACAAGGAGAAGCAGGCAGAGAAGCACUUCCUGAGCCUCAUUUUCACCAGAGCCCCCUUGGCAGCCGCUCCCUCAGCCAACGAUGCCUUCAAGCAGCUGUCCCAAACCUGGCCAAGUCAUUCCGCCGGCGUGGCCUUCACUCGCCUGGUGAGCAACCUGAUGACCAAGCCGUCGCUGGUGAUUUGGAAGACCCUGUUGCAUUCCUUUGUGGAGCUGCUGGAGGAGGACCAGCCGCAAGGUGUGCGGCCGGAGAACCUGGACUUUGCCCGUGAGCUGCAUGCUGCGCUGCUCUGUCAGUACCUCAAUGGCACUCGGCUGGCGGAGCAGGUGCACCUACAUCAGGUGCAGGUGGAGCAGCAGCUGCAGCACACUUCCCAGGUGCUGGAGCAGUUUGGACGGCUCCUGCUGAGCCAGGAGCACAAUCGCCGGCUGAUGAAUGCCUUUCUGGAGUGCACGGAGCGGGCCAGUGGCCUCGAGCUGCUCCUAAAGCACUACUGGCCAGACGGUUUCCCCGCCAGCCAAAGGCCCCUGCAGCUGAGGGGCUUUCUGCCCACCGCCGAGUGGACGCUGAUCCAGCAGAGAGUGCACAACUUCGGCAAGAGCUCCUGCCGCCAGCGGUUGCAGCGCUUGGAGCUGCAGCUGGCGGAGAGUGGCUGGCUGUUGCAGGAUCAAAGGGGCGCCAAGUGCAGCGAUGCCCUGGCCGAACUGGUGGCCCCUCAGCAGCUGUUCCGGCUGUCCAGGCCACAGAAACAGCUGCGUUUGCAUCAAAGGAAGCUGGAUCAGGACUUGGACUCCCACCUGGAGGAUUCGGAGUGCGUGGAGCUGAUCGCCCUGCAGCUGCUCAAGGAGUACGGAGCAGCGGCCAAGGAGUUCAAGGCCAAGGGAUCGCUGUUGGUCAAACUGAAGCUGGAGGAGACGGUGGAGGAGGCCUCCUUGAUGGCAUUCGUGAGGGAGAAGACCGCGGUCGAAAAGGAGUUGCAGUUGCCUGCGGCCCAGGAGCUGGUGGAGUCACUGCAGCGCUUGCCGCUGGCCCAGUUGCCCACCAACAUACGCUCGCGCCUCUGGCUGGUGAUCUUCGUCCUAUACAGGGAUCUCAGUCGUAGCCAGCAGGAGGAGCAGACCAACCAGGUCCUAGAGCUGCUGAUAGAUCUUAUGCACUUCGGUCACCCGCUGCCCAUCUGCAGCUACUUUCCGCAGCUUAGCGAGCUGCUCCACCUAAUCCCCACCAGCUCGACGACGGGUUGGAGCUUCUACGAGACACUCUUCGCCCGCUGCAUACGACGCCAAGGUGCCGGCAGCGAGGCAUUCCUGGCCAGCUGCACGGAACACCUCAAGGAGCAACUGGCCGCCAGCAAGUUGCAGCCGGAGCAGUGUCGCCUCUUGCUGCUGGCCAUCGAAACGCUGUCGAGUAUGACUGGCGUGCAAGGCCGCAAGAUGCAGCGCCAACUGCAGCCACUCAUCGAGGUCUACGGCGCCAUGGUUGCCCACAAGUUCCGCUCCAAGAAGAAGGAGGCCGCCGCGUACAAGGAGUUCGUGGACAGCACUCUGUCGGGCUAUGCCACCUACGUGAGCAGCUGCAUCAACCGCGUGGCCAGGCAGGAGCGGGAAAGGGAGCAGCAGGAGAAGGAGCAGGAGGAAGCCGCGGGGGAGGAGCAGGAACCAGGCAAGAAGAGGAAAAAGAAGGACAAACAUAAGGCAAGGACUGAAGCGGAGCAUAAGGAAGGUGAAAGCGAGCUGCAACCCAUCGACGAGAACUUCCGACGCAUCUGCAAGAUCUACAUUGGCCACUCGCUCAACUACCGCAAUGCCCACGCCAUCCGCCUGCUGAACGUGGCCCUCACCCAUCGCCAGCGCUUGCACCUGGACCCGGACGAGAUCGAGUUCGUGCUGAGCAGCUAUUGGCGGCAACUGAACGCGGACAUUGAGGCGGGCGACUUCUCCACCAGCUCGGCCCUGGACUGCCUGGAGCCCGCCAUCAAGCUGAUUAUCGGCUACAAGACCAACGAGGACUUCCUGCUGCUCCUGCGCCGCCUCUCCGCGCAGGUGGAGCAGAUGCAGCGCCCCGAGACGCCCGCCCAGCACAAGGCGCUGCAGAAUGUGCUCACCCUGCUGGCCCUCUUUGCCAAGUGCUCGCUGAGCAGUGUCAAGGGAGCGAUGCUCAACGAGCACUUCGAGCUGAUCAGCGUGAGUGCGGCUCUGCGUCUGCCGGAACCCAAGGACCCUGCCUACCGAGGUCACGCCCUCCGCCUGCUGGAGGCCCAGCGCAACCUGGCCGGGAACCGCAUGGUUCCGCUCACGGGGGAGACUCUGGACUGCCUGCUCGGCAGCAUGCUUGACGUGAACAUCAAGCACCUGAUCAGCCACGGCGGCAGUUGGCAGGACUUCGUGGACCUGUACGGCGCGCUCACCGACAACCUGGUGGUGCUGCUGAAGCAGCACGGCAACCUGAUGUCCGACCGCGCCGCCCAGCUGAGUGCUCUGUGCCAGGACCUGGUCCAAGCCGUCGUUGGCUAUCGGGCGGAGCGCAAGCAGACGCAGGACAUCAGCGAGACGGAGCUGGACGGCCUGGCGGACCUGGGUCUGAAGCUGGCCACUGUCAUGGCCACGGUGGCCACCACCCAGGCGCUGGCCGUGAAGCGGGUGGCGCCCUUCCUGCUCAUCUUCACCAUCCGCCAGAUGGUGGCCACUGAGCGGCCCACCACACUGUUCGAAAAGGUCAAGGUCCACAUAGUGCGCGUGUGCCACGAGCUGAUCGGGAUCUGCGACCACCGCGCCGGACACUUCAUCCUGCGCUCCAGCAGCGAGGCGGGCGCCAGGAUGUACGAGAGCUUGGUGAAGGAGCACGAGAAGUACCACAAGUUCAGGGGCAAGGUGUAGAGUACCGGACACCGAGAUGUUUAUUUUUUUUUUGUAUUUGUGGAAAAUUUGCCUCUUCGAAAAAAUAUAUAAAAACUACAGACCUA